AGUGACUUGUGUAGCCUACCCUAGCAUAACCAAACCCGUCUGGCCAGUUAUCUACUUCCGAAGUCGUAGAUCUACGACGUCAGGUGUAGAUAGCUGGGCCAGACGGGUUUGGAUAACCCUAACAGUGUUAUGUUGAGAUUCAAUGUCAAGAAAAUUAUAUGUCAGAUUCAAACUUAUUUCUUGCCCCAAUUUUACAAUUAAAAUGUAUGACAGUUCUAUAAUAUUGUGUUUUGGAGUCUUUGCUUACGUGAUAAUAAGUUAAACUCUAUUUUGUGAGUUUGUUAGUGAAGAAAACAGGUGAUCCAUAAGGUGUCCACCGUGCAAUUUCUUUUUAUUUACAGCCGGAAGUAAACAAGAUGUGAAUCAAUAUCCAACCAAUCAAAUGUUUCCUUGAGGUCACAUGACUUGUGAAAAAAUUCAAAUCGAAAAAUAUUGUAGAAAGUCUGAAUAUUCUCGUUUAAUCUUCACCAAGAAUCAAAACUUGGACCUUUUAAAGGAACCUGUACAUGUAUCACAUGACUUGAUUAAGAAUGGAGUCAGAUUGUACAGUUGAUUUGUUGGUGGACCUCAAUGAUGGUGUUACAGAAGACAAUGUAGAAGAGGAGCCUGCUGUUAAAACUGCAGAUGAACUGCCCAGUAUAGAAAGCCUUUUUGAGAGGGUCAAAACACAACCAGAAACAAAAGAUAAUCCAGAAAUUGAGAGAGCGGAAUCCCAGAAAGAACUCGAGACAAGCGUGAAAGUGAACGAUGAUAUUCGGCUCUUGGAUGAAGAGGAAUUUGAUUUUGAACUUGGUUCUCCGAAAACCAGUGAAGAUGACAAAACUACAGAAUCCACAAAAAGAAAGGACAAUGAAGAACAUGAUGACGAUGAUGAUGAGGAGGAAGAGGUGUUCUUUGGUCCAGUCAGUCAUAUUGAAAAAUGUGUGUCAGUUGCUGUCAAGGAAAAUGUUGUGAAACCAUUGAGCCCACUUACCACAAAACAAAUGGCAGAGUUAUUUGCAGAGGCAAAUUCUGUAGCAAGUCAAAUUAUUCUACAGAAAUCGCCAUCUCCCAAACACACACCAGAAACAGAAUUUUUGACACCAGACUUUAUGAAAGAGAAUUCUAAUGAACCUUUAUUGAAUGUUGACCUACAGUUCACUCCGAAAAGCACUCCUAAAAGUGCAACAUCCUUAACACGCUCUAAUACCUUUACAAAAGACAGAAGCCCAUUUCAUAAACUGCCAAAAAGUAAACAAAAAGUACUACCAGUUCUGGACGGAAUUAACAAAAAUACAACUUCAACUAAAAAGACUCUUAAUAGACAAACACCUGUUAAAAGACGGAGUUUGCCACUUCGAAAUGCAAUAACAAAAAUGGAAAACUUGAGGAAGGGUACAAUGUCAUUUAUGGAAGCUAAACCCACUAAGUCUGUACAACAGCCAGUUGCUACAAAGAAGAAAGAGAUUACAAGGCCAGGAGGUGGUCCAGUGUCUACAAUUGUUCAACCAAAAUCCUCAGCUGCUUUGAAAUCCUUAGCUCCUGAUCCUGUGAAAUCUGCAGCCUCUGGUCCCUCAAGGUCUACAGACCCUGUUCCCUUGAAAUCUACUGCUCUUGGUCCUGUUAAGGCCACUGCCCCUUCAGCUAUGAACACAACUCUAACAGAUAAACCAAGAACGUCAGGAUUAAAACUUCCAAGUUCAAAGCCUCAGUUAUUGCGACCGGGGCAGAUGCAGCAAAGCCUGAUGGGUAAUAGAAGCAAGCUAGUAAAGCCAGGAAGUGGACCAAUGAAAGCAUCAACAGGACUUCUGAAACCAGGGCAGGUUUCAAAGCCAGUAGGAAGUUCGGUAUCUUCAAUUGUUCCUCCUAGUUCAUCAGGCAAUGGGCCCAUGAAGGCUACAGCCCCUGGCCCCAUGAAAGCUACAGCCCCUGGCCCCAUGAAAGCUAUAGCCCCUGGCCCCAUGAAAGCUACAGCCCCUGGACCCAUGAAAGCUACAGUUCCAGUUAAAGGUUUGUCCCCUAAGAAGAAGCCUGUUACUAGAAGCAAUACAUGUACCCCCAAGCGAAUGACACCUCCCCGGAAAGUCAACGUCAUAAAGUCAACGCCUGUAAUGCCAGACAAAGGUGUUCAACAACCCAAGCGACUUCUUUCUCAUUCUUCUGGGUCAUCUACUGCUUCAACUCCACCAAAAGAUCAAAGUCUCAACAUGACAGUGAACACACCUCCUAACAAGAAUCUGUUCACUGGUGGCUCCGCACAGAAACGACGUUCCAUGUUGCCAACUCCUACCAAAAGAGGCCGCUUAAGCUCUAUGGGGUCCAUCCCAAGCCCACUCUCUGUGCGAAGCAACACAAGCUCCGUGAACUCAUCAAUUGGUUCUCCAGUGAUGGGACGUAACUAUGGCAAAAGCUCCAGUGUAUCCUCCUACACAGCUUCCCCUAAAGCUGCAUUGUUUUCUGGAAUAGAUGAAAACUCACCGAGUUGUUUGAAGCCCAGGAAAACAAAAGUUGCAUUCACACCACUAGGAGGAAAAACUGAAAAGAAAUCCCUUUGGUCACCAGUGAAGCGUCGUCAACCAAUAGACAGUGAUGAGCAAUACCAUCAAUGCACAAAGAGAAUCAAGUGAAAGGUUGCGGGAACCUUCAUAUUUCAAUUUGGUCAUAUCUUUUUCACUCCUUUGACAUACAAAGGCAUGAGAGGGGCGAGGUUAUAUUUAUUCAGACAUUUCUUCAACUAAAACUUUGGAAAUGAAGUCCAAACAUAGUAAUGUACCUAAUUUGAAGGAAAGUUAAGAUAAUUAAAUUGAAAUAUCAAAAUUAUUAGACAUUCUCUAUAUUCAUGGAUAGAGUUAGUUUCUGACAGAUGAGACUAGAUGAAUGGAUGACAGUUGAAAAUAUGGGCUGUGAGGAACCACAAAUACACCAUAAUUAUAUGCAAGGUGUGAACAAGAACAGUACAAUGAAACUUUGCACUUUCUCAUAUCAUGACGGGAGAUAAACAAAACUUAAUGUGUUCAAAUGAUGUAUGUAUGUGUUCACAAUUCAAAACUGAGAAUGAAAUGGAACGACGCUACAAACACAUAUAAAAAUAUGUUUAUUUUAUACAUGGUAAAACUUUACAUAUCAGCUAUUAGUUAAUAUCCAUGAUUAUAUGUAGAGUUAUAGAUGGCCUGAAUAUUAUUCAUUUGUACAUUACAAUUAUAGAUAUUAAGAAAUAGUCAUGAGAGUAAAAGAUUUCAAACUUAAGUCUCAACUCAUAUCUGACCCUUAAAACAUACUCUCCUAUCUAAUCCUUCCACAUUUUAUGAAAUUUAAGUAUUUAAUAUAUAUUUUAACAGCUCACAUUUUACAUAUUACUUUACAUCCAAUAUAAAUGAUUCUUCAUUAAUGCUUUAUAGUCUAUUAAUUGUACAUGUGAAUAUUGUACAGUAUCAAUAACCUAUGUAUACACAUAUAAACCUGGAAACCAAUUGUAUGAACAUGUUUUAAUGAAAAUACAAUGUAAGUUAUGAAUGC